ACAAAAUAUGUGGCCAGGUCUCUUCUUUUUCUAUCAGCAAGACCGACUGGUUCAGCGCUGCUCAAAAAAUAAAGAUUUGAAUACCUCGACCAGAGAGAUUGCUAAAUAAUGGCUGCUGCACCCAAGGACAUUGAGAAGCCCCAUGGCGGCGAUUCUGCCUCUGUGCACCGCAUCCGCAUCACCCUGACCUCCAGGAAUGUGCGCUCCCUGGAGAACGUGUGCCGUGACCUGAUCAACGGUGCCAAGAACCAGAACCUGCGUGUCAAGGGGCCCGUGCGCAUGCCGACCAAGACCCUGCGUAUCACCACCCGUAAGACUCCUUGCGGUGAGGGUUCCAAGACCUGGGAUCGUUUCCAGAUGAGGAUCCACAAGCGCAUCAUCGACUUGCACUCCCCCUCGGAGAUCGUCAAGAAGAUCACCUCUAUCAACAUCGAGCCUGGCGUAGAGGUCGAGGUCACCAUUGCCAACUAAGAAGUUUUUACCUUUUUACAAGGCGGUGAAGUUUUGCCUUUCCAAUAAAAACAGCAAAACUUUACCUAAA